UGAACCAUGUCACUACCAAAAUGUUGUUUCCUCUUCUGUCUUCUACCUCUGGCUGUAAGCUUGUUAGCUUCGGCAGCCAUAGCCACAAAACCAAGCACCCACUAUUCUAAGCCGUUCAACAGGAGUAGUUUUCCGCGCGAUUUUGUUUUCGGAGCUGGUUCAUCUGCUUACCAGUCUGAAGGAGCAGCGCUCAUAGAAGGAAGGGGACCAAGUGUAUGGGACAGUUUCGCCCGUAAACAUGCAGAUAAGAUUCCUGGUAGAAGCAAUGGAGAUGUAGCUGAUGAUUUCUACCAUCAUUAUAAGGAAGACAUAAAGUUGAUGAAGAAAAUUGGUUUGGAUUCCUUCAGAUUUUCUAUUUCAUGGUCCAGAAUAUUACCAAAAGGGAAAAUGAGUGGGGGUGUGAACCUACAUGGAGUCAAUUUCUACAAUAACCUCAUUAAUGAGCUUCUUUCUUCUGGUAUCGAGCCCUUUGUGACAUUACAUCAUUUUGACACACCACUAGCGCUUGAAGAUGAGUAUACUAGUUGGUUAAGCCCUAAAAUAGUGAAUGACUACUUAGAUUAUGCUGACUUUUGCUUUAAAACGUUCGGAGACCGAGUCAAGUUUUGGGUUACUAUCAAUGAACCUAAUAGUUUAUGCAUAAACGGGUAUGAUAUCGGUAUCAUGGCACCCGGUCGAUGUUCAAGCUAUGCCGGCAAUUGUACUGCUGGUAACUCAGCAACCGAACCCUACAUUGCUGCCCACCAUAUGCUUCUUGCUCAUGCAACUGCUGUGAAAUUGUAUAGAGAGAAGUACCAGCCAUACCAAAAGGGUAAAAUUGGGAUUUCCAUUAUAUCGGCAUGGUUUGUACCGAAAUCGCAGACAGCAGCUGGCCAUAGGGCUGCCUAUAGAGGCCUUGAUUUUUUGUUUGGAUGGAUUGCACAUCCAAUAACGUACGGUGAUUAUCCAAUAACCAUUCGAUCAACGGUGGGAAAAAGACUACCGAAGUUCACAAAAGCUCAAUCCAAGUUGCUCAAAGGAUCCUUUGAUUUCUUGGGGUUGAAUUACUACACUACAUUUUAUGUAGAACAUGCUCCUUUAUCUAACGGUGUUAACCAAAGUUAUGAUGCAGACAGACAAGCCACUCUGACAAGCUAUAAGAAGAAAACUCCAAUUGGCACUCCGACUGCUUUGGUUUGGCUUUUCGUCUAUCCAAAGGGAAUUCGAGAUCUCUUGUUCUACAUAAAGAUGAAAUAUAACAGCCCACCUAUUUACAUCACUGAAAACG